GAUAAAGUAGCACUAUUAAAAAAGGUGCAAGACAUGGCCGAUGAAUUGAAACAUCUUCGCAGUUUGCUUCAGAUAGUCACAGAUGAAAAUGCAAAUCUGUUUGCGAAACUGACGGCGUCUUCAGAGGACAAAGUACAAGUUGACAAGCUGGCAGAGGAGUACCAUAACACAGUGUCGGACUUGAAAUCAAGGCUCACAUCUGUCACUGUUGCCCAUGAUCGGCUGUUGCAGGAGAAGAUACAAACCAGCCAAAAACUGCAGCAGAUGGCAUUAGACAAGGAGGAGAUAAUUAAGGAAAAAACAAAAAUGAUUCAGGCAAUGGAGAAGAUGCACAGCCAAGCUGAGACGGAGAA